AUGGGUCCCGAAUGGACGGGAGAUUCCGGCAGCGCCGGACGGAAGGGAGACUCCGGCAGCGCCGGACAGGCGGGAGACUCCGGCAGUGCCAGACAGGCGGGAGACUCCGGCAGCUCCAGAGUGAAGGGCAAUUCUGGCAUUGCCUGGCUGACUGACGGCUCUGCGAGCUCCUGGAUGGCUGAUGGCUCUGGCAGCUCCUGGCUGACUGAAGGCUCUGGCAGCUCCUGGCUGACUGGCGGCUCUGGACAGACGGGAGACUCUGGCGGCUCAGGACAGACGGGAGACUCUGGCGGCUCAGGACAGACGGGAGACUCUGACAUCGCCGGACAGGAGGAAAGCUUUCGCAGCGCUGGACAGGCGGGAGCACCAGUAGGCAGAAGACGGAGAGACAGCCUGGUGCGGGGGGUUGCCACCGGAGGGCUGACGCGUGGAGGUGGCACCAGAUAG